AUGUUCCAUGGAUUGCCAAGUGAAGACCCCAUUGACCACCUUGAUGAGUUUGAUAGGCUUUGUGAUUUGACAAAGAUCAAUGGUGUCUCUGAAGAUGCCAUCAAGCUGAGACUCUUUCCUAUGUCUCUAGCUGACAAAGCUCACCAAUGGGAGAAGAGCUUGCCCCAUGGCACAAUCACCACUUGGGAUGAAUGCAAGAAGGCCUUUCUUGCUAAGUUUUUCUCCACCGGUCGCACAGCCAAGCUUAGAGGAGAGAUAUCCAGCUUCAUCCAGCGAAACAAUGAGACAUUCGCAGAGGCUUGGGAGAGGUUCAAAGGCUACACAAGUCAGUGCCCACACCAUGGAUUCAACAAUGAAUCACUACUCUCCACUCUUUAUAGAGGAUGCUUGCCUAGGUAUAGGGAGAUGCUAGACACAGCUAGCAAUGGGAACUUCCUCAACCAGGAUGUAGAUGAUGGCUGGCAACUUGUGGAGAACAUGGCCAUAUCAACAGAAUGCUAUGGAGAGCACUAUGAAAGUACAGACUGGAGCUCGACCGCGCACUCGAUCGAGCUGGACGCUCAGAUGAGAAAAGACAUGCUUGCACUCAACUCGAAGUUGGACAAACUGAUCCUAGCCCAAUUCCCUGCCAAGCAUGUCAACUAUGUCUCAGAACAAACCUUAGUCAAGGACCAGGAAGGGGAGGACAACACAAGAAGUUUGCUACAUUCAAAAUAG